ACGAUGGCUGCCACAUUGGGGGACGCCAUCAUGGUGGUCAAAGGCCUUGCCAAGCUGGCCCGGGCAGCCCUGGAGACCCACCUGCAGCACUUGGGCCUCGGUGGGGAGCUCAUCCUGGCAGCCAGGGCCCUGCAGUCCACAGCCGUGGAGCAGAUGGCCGUGGUCUUGGGGCAGGUGCAGGGUCAGGAGAGACAUGCUGAGCCUCAUCCUGAGAGCUUCGAUGGCCCGGAGUCGGAGCUCCACUUCUCAGGGCCACAGGCGGCAGGAGCUUCGACGGACUUCGCUGCAGCCUCUGCCCCCGACUUGUCGCCGCCUCCGUCCCCGGGCCAUGCCCCCAGCGAGGGCCCCGCUCCUGCCUACGCUGCCAGUGGCCCCUUUAGGGAAGCUGGGCUCCCGGGCCAGGCCGCCUCCCCCCUGGCUGGGGUCCACGGGAGGCUCUUUGCCGACCCCCGACAGUCAUUCUGUGCCGUGGGCUUUCAGCGAAGGUUCUUCCACCAGGACCAGUCCCCGGUGGGGGGCCUCACGGCCGAGGACAUUGAGAAGGCCCGGCAGGCCAAGGCCAGCCCUGAGAGCAAGCCACACAAGCAGAUGCUCAGUGAACGGGCUCGUGAGCGGAAGGUGCCAGUGACACGGAUUGGGCGGCUGGCCAACUUUGGAGGUCUGGCUGUGGGUCUGGGCUUCGGGGCACUGGCCGAGGUCGCCAAGAAGAGCCUCCGCCCUGAGGACCCCACAGGAAAGAAGGCCGUGCUGGACUCCAGCCCCUUCCUGUCGGAGGCGAACGCGGAGCGCAUCGUGAGCACGCUGUGCAAGGUGCGUGGCGCGGCGCUCAAGCUGGGCCAGAUGCUGAGCAUCCAGGACGACGCUUUCAUCAACCCCCAUCUGGCCAAGAUCUUUGAGCGGGUGCGGCAGAGCGCCGACUUCAUGCCGCUAAAGCAGAUGACGAAAACCCUCAACAAGGACCUGGGUCCCAACUGGCGGGACAAGCUGGAGUACUUUGAGGAGCGGCCUUUUGCAGCCGCCUCCAUUGGGCAGGUGCACCUGGCCCGCAUGAAGGGUGGCCGCGAAGUGGCCAUGAAGAUCCAGUACCCCGGCGUGGCCCAGAGCAUCAACAGUGACGUCACCAACCUCAUGGCCGUGCUGAACAUGAGCAAUAUGCUCCCAGAAGGCCUGUUCCCUGAGCACCUGAUCGACGUGCUGCGACGGGAGCUGGCCCUCGAGUGCGACUACCAGAGGGAGGCCACCUGCGCCAGGAAGUUCAGGGAGCUGCUGAAGGACCACCCCUUCUUCUACGUGCCUGAGAUCGUGGACGAGCUCUGCAGCCCCCACGUGCUGACCACGGAGCUGGUGUCCGGCUUCCCCCUGGACCAGGCUGAGGGGCUGAGCCAGGAGAUUCGGAACGAGAUCUGCUACAACAUCCUGGUUCUGUGCCUGAGGGAGCUGUUCGAGUUUCACUUCAUGCAGACAGACCCCAACUGGUCCAACUUCUUCUAUGACCCCCAGCUGCACAAGGUGGCUCUUCUGGACUUUGGGGCAACACGGGAAUAUGACAGGUCCUUCACUGACCUCUACAUUCAGAUCAUCAGGGCUGCUGCUGACAGGGACAGGGAGGCUGUGCGCAAGAAAUCCAUAGAGAUGAAGUUCCUCACUGGCUACGAGGUUAAGGCCAUGGAAGACGCGCACUUGGACGCCAUCCUCAUCCUGGGGGAGGCCUUCGCCUCGGACGAGCCCUUUGACUUUGGCACCCAGAGCACCACCGAGAAGAUCCACAACCUGAUCCCCGUCAUGCUGAAGCACCGCCUCAUCCCCCCACCCGAGGAGACCUACUCCCUGCACAGGAAGAUGGGGGGCUCCUUCCUCAUCUGCUCCAAGCUGAAGGCCCGCUUCCCCUGCAAAGCCAUGUUCGAGGAGGCCUACAGCAGCUACCGCAGCAGGCAGGCCCCGCAGUAGGCUGGCCCCGCAGCCUGUGCGUCACACGGUUUUACUGCUACCUGGUGGCGGGGCCAGAGGCACGACAAUGGAAACGACUGGUGAGAUCUGCCCGUUCCUCGUUCCCCCUCGGAAGCAACUCUAGAUCGAGGCCAUUUCAUUCUCUCCUCCUGUUCCCUAACGGGAGAAUGUUUAGCAGAAAGAGUCCUCCUUUCAAGUCCCGCCACCACAACAAAAACCAAAAACACAAAAGAGAAGGCUUUUUGGGUUCGGUUGUUAACUGUGGAGCAUCAGGUCCGUGUGUGCGUUUCUAGAACAAGAUCUGUGUUUUCCGCCUGCGGUUUGGAGCCAGGAGAAGUGCCACUGUGAACAGUGCCAGCGAGCACUACCUGACCACGGGCAGCCUGCCUGCUCCGGCUGUUCUUACACCUUCUGACAACUGAAUGUCUGCAGAGGACUGAGGCCUGUCAGGGACGGCCAGCGAGCCCAGCACAGCUCACCUCUGCCGGGCAUCUGUCAGGGGAGAGGCACGGGGUCACUGCUUAAACCUGAAGGGUCAGCACAGGCUCUGCGAAUUUUUGUAUGUAUGUCUUGUAAUGAUCUAAGUUACUUGUUUCAAUUCAAUUAAAAAAAGUGCUUGUGAAAAGUG